AACAUAUAAUUUUAUUAAUUAACCGAUUUAAUCGUAGUUUGUUUGUUAACCUGAUAUCGUGAUUGUGGAUUUAAAAGAAAUUUUUAAAUGAUGUGUUUACAUGCGAAAAGAAGUGCUCAAGAAAUUUUUAAAAUUUCAUAUAAAUAAUGUUUUUUUAAAUUUUUUGAAGUGAAUUAACAAUUUUCAUUUUGGUUUUUUUAUAUAAAUGGUGGAUACUGUAAACGUAAAACGAUGCUCAGAAGGAUCAAGUGGUCGUAUGGCCACUUUACAAGCCAGGAAACAAGCCUUACAAGAAGAAUUAGCUGCACGAAACGAAGAACUUCGACGAUUAUGUAUACAAGAAGCCGAAUUAACAGGUUCAAUGCCACCAGAAGUUCCAUUAGAACCAGGCGAAUCGCCGCCACCAUUUCGUCGAAUGGUUGGCACUGGUUACGCUUAUCCACAGAAUUUAAUAAAUAAAAUAAAAACGAAUGAGGUUGAAUCGAUUGCCGCCUUAGAAUUGGAGAAACAAGUACAAGUUGGGAUAUCAGAAGCUGCGCUGGGUUUAGUCCAUAAUGGCGCUGCAAGCAAGGCUGCUCGAAGAAAAAAUCGUUUAGUGUACCAACAAAGUCAAAAACGAUUAACCGAGUUGGAUGAACGACUUGGAUAUUUAAUGGCAGCAAGAAAUGAUCAAAAACCGCAAUCAUCACAAUCUCAACCAAACAAAUAUCCAUCACCAAAUACCCAACAACCGAAUUCUUCACCGCAACAACAAAUUCAUCCGCAAUACUCGCCACAAUUAUUAGCUCAACAAACACCUCCAUCACAGAUGCAAUCACCUCAAUUACAGGCACGUCAACAACAUUACCCAACAUUAAAUCCGCCAUCAACAUCAUCGACGAAUCAACCGACGAAGUAUAAGAAAAAACCGCGACCGGCUACCAUCGAUUUGGAUAAAGAUCAUCACAAUCGUGCUUUACAUCACAGUAAUUCGAAUACGCUGUACUCGACGCAUAGCAUGAACGCUGGGGAUCAUAAUCCACGAAUAAUUCAUCACGAACGCUUAGAACGAACCACAUCCGCGAUACACCCCCCUAGACCGCAACAAGUGCAAUUAGCUCCCCAUCAACAAUACGAUACCGGUUUAGGUGGCUAUUGGAUGUGUCUAGAUACCGGAGAAACAGUUUGGUGUUCCGUUGAACCUAACUAUUGGCAACGAGAGACUCGAUUUGGUAGUUUAGAUCGAUCGAAAACACGACCGUUACAACAUAAAUGGAGUACCCCAUCGACAAUCGAUUCCGAUGAAACGUAUCGACAUCACGUGAAUCCCACCCACAUAAAAACCCUACCAGAUUUGGGAAAACAUUCGCGAUUACAACAAGAGAUGUUUGUGGAUACGGCAAGUAAAUUAAGCGAAAACUGGAAUGUAUUACAAGCGCAUUCUCUUGGGAAUGUAGCAUCCCAAGUGGAUUCAGCCAGUGUUAUCCCGUAUCGCGAUCGAAUGGCAACGGGUAAUCGAAAAUACAAACAGAAAAAGUGGUAUGAAACGUCAUUAGAUGCUCCACCAUUGCUGGAUAAUUCUGGAGCGUCAACAUCUUCGAAUACUCAACAUCAUAGUGGAAGCCUAGAAAGUAUGUUACCCCCACAUUCUCCGUAUCAUCAUUCACCACUAACAACUCCAACGAAAUCUUCGGUGAUGUCCCCGAAAACUCCUUCUCCGCAUCCGCCACCUCCAACACCUCCUGCUCGCGUACCUUCUUUAGAAUUAUCCGUUGAACCAUCUUCUACAACAUUUCCAAAUAAUAAUAACACGGUUCCAUUGUUACAAUCACCAAAGAAUUGUACGGUGAUACAACCGGGUCAAUGGAAACCGUAUCGUGAGGUUACAAAGCCAUUUGAAAUGUCUGAUUUUUAUAAGUAUUCAACGAAAUUUCGUAAUCGUAAUAAUAAUAAUAAUCAGACAACGCAGAAUGAUAACGAAACUCAUAAAACGAACGAGGAUAAAAUAGUGGAAAAUAGUGUAGAAAAUGGUUUUGAUACCACAGAUUCUGUAAAUAAUGUUGUUUAUCACAAGGGGAUUUAUCAGCCGUUGCAACCAAUGAAGUGUCAACCAUUCCAUCAUAAUAAUAAUCCCAAUGGAUUAUCAAACCACCGUACCAUGACAUCAUCCCCAUCAAGUAUGAUGAACUCCAUCGUUGAAGUCGUAACUCCACCCAACUCAAACAACAAUAACAAUGAUCAAAGUUCAAACAACAAAGCAACAUUACAUAAAAAAGUAUAUUCUACAAGUUCACCAUUAGUGCCUGUUGAUAAAACUAGUCAUCAACUACAUUCAAAUAGUGCUGCAUAUGGACAACAACAAUUAGUAGUUAAUUUUAAUAAUAAUAAUAAUAAUAAUCAUAUAAAUACGUCAUCAACGUCUGCGUCCUCCUCUAACCUUAAAAAUAAUAAUUCAAUGCCUACGUCAACACUAGUUUAAAUUUUAUCAUAUAUGACAAAAGUCUGUUCUUGCAAUUGUUCUUUUUGAUUUGGUGAUUUGGAUCAAAUUAUUUAGGUUAGAUCUCAAUAUUCCGUCCUUCAUUCAAUAACUCACAAUUAGUGUGCUGGUCACAACUUAUUAUUUUAUGGAUAAAUUUAAUAGAAAAAAGUAAAUAGAGAUAUUUUAAGCUGGAUAAAGUUUACGUGUAAGAGUUUACGUAUAAUCGAUCUUCACCUUGGUAUCAUGCCCGAUGCUAUAUAUAAAAUUUGAACAUAAACGAAUGCCAGCUUAUUAAAUUCCUAUUAAUUUAUAAAAACUCACGGUAAAUAAAGUUUGAUCCAAAUCCCAAAUAAAACUGUUCUAAUGAUAUCGAUUAAUAUAAUUAUCUCUC